AAUGCGACGCCAUCCAUCCUUUCCGAUCCCCCUGUAUGCCUUCUUCUUUCCACAUACGCCCCCGCAAGAUCCUGCAAUUACCGCUGUUCGUGCUGGCUAGCCUAGCGAUAAAGCUGCCGGCGCUAGCAAAAGCAGAUUGCGGGAGGAAAAUUGCAGGUGCUGAAGAGGCCGCUCCGGGGCGGUGCUGAAGGAUGCACGUCGGAGGUGCAUCCAUGGUGCGCUCGCCUCGUACUUGUGGCCGGCAAAACCAUGUGCCAUGCGUUAGCCUAGCUACUUGCACCGGUCUCUCUCCAAAAUCAAUGAGAAGGGGAACAAAUAAUGCAGCGCUAAUCCGGCAUAAGAGCAUCUUGAACAGAUUACUCAUCUUUUUUAAUACUGAAAAAUUAAUAUUUUAGUGAUGGAGAUGCUCCAGAAAACUGCCAAUCAAAUCUUCAUUAUCUAUAAAUUUUUGGUAAUCACCAAAAUACACCUCUCUCCCCUAUAUAUAGGGUUUUUUUCCUCUAUCUAUUCUUGGUGAUUGCAUUUUGGUAGUCUGCUGCAGCAACUAUUACCUAAAAUAUAAAAAUAGUUAUUGGUAAUAGAGAGAAUAUAUUUUGGAUAUGGAAUAUGAGUAAUCUGUUGGAGAUGCUCUAAGUACCGUGAUAGCCUUGUCACAACUCACAAGCAGAACAUGCCACCGACACCUAUAAUAUUGCUUAAGACGAAUACGUGCAUGUGUUUUUCUUGUAUAUACCCAUUUGUGCAAAUAAAUUCUUUAGGUGGCAACCAUAAAUUCUGAAAGCUACGUUGAUGCUGAAAGCCUAAUAAGAAAGCUUCACAAAAACCUUUAUCUGAAUGUCAAGUAUCCAUGCAUGACUGAAUGGAGUAUACGCUGUUUCUUUGAAACGCUUAAAACGUUUCUACAAUUUACACACAAAAAAUGGCUACUCACGGCAUGCGUGGUUAUUUUUUUUGUGAAGCUAAUGCAAGUACGGGAUUUGAGACCAUAUCGUGUGUGAAAACAAAACCACGUCACUAGCUCUGUUUUUAUUUCCUUAAAUUAAUACGUUCAUGAUUAUGACAUUAUUUACUUUUUGUUACAUGAAAAUCAUGUCUUGAGUAGUACAAAAUGUCAACAAUAUGAUAUAAUUUAGAAAUUGAUUGCACUACUUCACUAACCCAUUCAUUUCAGAUGCCUGUGUCCAAUAAAAGCAGCUUUCUUGGAGCAUAUAUUUGACGUGUAAUAAUACCUCCGCACCUUAAUCCAAUUUCGAGUGAAUUUUAUGAAACUACUUUUCUUUUACAUAAGCUUUGAGAAAGCUUAAAUUAUGAAUUUCCCUUUUAUUUUUUAGUUCUGUGAACUUCACUUUUUUUUUCUUUGCCAGUGCUUCCGGUUGCUCUUUAAAUAGAUGAUCUUCGAAGGGCUUCAUUGCACAUUUAAAAAUAGAAUCCCAUGCUUCUUAAAUCCUACAUCAGGCCGGCCUACUCCAUUCUGCCACCGUUGCAUCUCGCAUCGUACACCACCAUAUCUACUCUGGCGCUCUCCCACAAGCUUCGCCCACCUCCUGACCUCCCAGCCAAGCGCGCGCCGGCCGGCCUGCUGCCAAGACCGAAGGCAUGGACCGCACCUACAAGGGCGGCAUCAAGGCGUACUGGAAGCGCCGGGGCUACUACCGCGUCGACGCCGCCGCCGCGCAGCGCCGCCCGCCGCUCCCGACCGCGGAGCUCGGAGGUGGCGUCGCCCAGCCGCCGCAGCCGGAGGACGGCUCCGGCCGGCGCCGGCGCCGCGGGUGGCGCGUGCGCCGCGGCCAGCUGGGGCGGCGCCUGCUCCGCGCGCUGUCGCCGCGCCGGUGGCUCGUGCGGCUCCGCGACGCGUACGUGUCGGUCAUGCUGCGGCUGGCCUCCUCCCCCGCCGUCGGGUACGGCGCCGGCGCGCCCUACUGCGCGUCGACGCCCCACGGUGCCGCCGUCGCGCGGCCGCCGCAGUUCAAGGAGUACGACGAGAAGGUGCUGGUCGAGAUCUACAGGUCCAUACUCGCGCGCGGCGGGGCCCUCCCACUCGCCGACGGCGCCGGCGCGCCUGCCGCAGCCGCCGCCCUACGGCUACCCACGGCUGUUUGAGCGGCACAUAAAGAUGUAUUCUUCUUCCUUACCACGACUUCAACUACUUGUACUACUGAGUAGCAAUGUAGUAUCCUUUUCGGGCCUCAAAGCAUUUCUUGUGUUCUUCAUUCACAAUUCAUAAAAGUGUUUAUGGAUUCACAUGUUUGGAAUCGAUCGAAAACCUUAUUCAUAUACGCGUGCCAUGGAUAAAA